GAGAGAGAGAGAGAGAGAGAGAGAGAGAGAGAGAGAGAGAGAGAGAUAGAGAGUGAGAGAGAGAGAGAGAGAGAGCGAGAGAGAGAGAGAGAGAGAGAGAGAGAGUCAGACAGAUAAGAGAGACAGAGAGAAGAGACUGGAUGAGAAGAGCACUGGAGAGAGGAAUUAAGAGAAUCUGAACAGAAGAACGAGAGUGGAUCGAAGAGAAAUGCAGACGUUAAAUGCUGUUGAAGAACCUCCGCAUCUAAAAACCCUGUAUCAUCGUCAUGGCAGACCCUUCAACCACCAAACAGGCCAACACCCAUCAACCCCACCACCACUUCAGCCUAACCCGUCUCCAGAGCCCCAGGCCCGGGUACGCCUCCACCACCUGCCGCUCCCCCUCGGACCCCCUCCUGGAGCCAGGAAGCAGCGCAGAACACCCACCGCAGUCCUCCACCAGCUUCCCCACCUCCAGCCCUUCCUGGAGGGGCGUGGAGCACGCCGCAGCCGGGAGGGGGCUCCACCACGGCAGGAACGGUCUGAGUGACGACGGUGACUUAGGGGACCCCCUGGUCCACGAGUGGUCCGACGGCAUUCGGGCGAAGGAGGCCUGGGACGGCCGGGGGAGCUGCGGGAGUUCGGCGAGCGAGUUUUACGGGAAAGACGAUUACUGCCGCUACGCCGACCGGGCUUUCCACGAGAGGAACGCCGGCGUCGGCGUCGACGUGGAGGGCGAACGAGACGCCCGGGACAGUUUCGACAUGGUGUUCCACGACGACGGCGGCGACAAACCGGCCUACAGUCGCUCCGAUAGCUUCGAGGUCAGCUACGAGACGGUGUACGAUAAGGACGCCCACAGCGCCCUCCCGGUGAGCCACCCCCUGUUCUACGGCAUGGACGCGUUCAGACAGAGCAGCGUGGAGGAGGGCAGCGCCGACGGCCAGCCCGGCCUCCACCACGGCUACCUGGGAAGGGUGGAGGACCCGGGUUCGAGCCAGAGCUCCGGGGAAGGUCGAUCCUCCCAGGUCCCGGAAUGCGGGGACGGCGGUUGGCGGGGUGGCGAGGGCUGGGACCCGCAGGGCGCGGCGGCGGCGCUCAAAGCGCCGCCCCUGACCAACGGGAGGUAUCCGCAGAGGCUGGACUCCUUCUCCGAGGCCUUCCAGCCGUACCGCCGGAGGGGGCUGCUCGCGGUCGCCGAGGGGGAUCCCGCCGGCCGCCACGCGAGGUUCGAGGCGGGACGGGGCGAGUUCGCGGGCUGGGUGGCGGACAGCGGCCAGGGCUGUCGGCACGGCCCCACUUUGGACCCCUACGGCCCCGCUCACUCCUUCUUCCACUCCCACCCGUCCCUCCCCACCCUCCCCUCCCCUCCGUCCCAGCCCAUGCCCUCGGUCCUCAGCCCCCCCCCCACCCCCUUGCCCCCCUCCUCGCUGUCGCCCUCCCAAGGGGAGUGUCCGCAUCCGUUCUCCACGGCCGCGGGCCAGAGGGAGGGGGAGUACAACGUCAGCACCAUACAGUUUUUCCCCUCACACGCCCACCCCUCCCCCGGCGGAGUUUUAUGGAAGCUUCAGGGACUGCCCCAUUGCUACCCACCGCAGUCAUGUGACCACAGGGCCGUCACCGAUGGCAACCAAAGACCUCACCACGGCGAAGAGGGCCAAGGCCUCUCAGAACAUCAAAGUGUCCUAAUGGCGCCUGAAUCAUCCUUCAUGAGCUGCUCCCCACUCACUCCCUCCUCCCUCACCCCCUCAUUCCCAACGGCCUCCCCCCUCCAUCCAUCAUUCCAUCCGGCUCACCUGCCGUCCUUCCACCAGAGGAAGGAUGGACGCAUCACUUCCUGUCCGUCACAGGCUCUAGAGAUUAGAAACCCCUCGACCUACAGGGAAACUCCAUUUCUCAGCAUGCUUCACCACAGGGAGGCCGCCCAAAGGCAGGGCCAUUACACUCCUCGACCAAUCCUCAAUCCAAUCCGGCAGGGGGCGGGGCUAUACUCCUCCGCUUCGCCUCUCAGUCCCAGCCCAAGGGAGAUGGUCAGAGGGGGAGAUGUAGAGGAACAGUAUGCUGAAGCACCGUGUAUCAACGUCGGUCCUGACUUCCAGGCAGAGCUCCCCACCUGCCACCCAGAGUGGGAGGAGUCACCCUUCCCCAUGGAGGAAGCGUCGCCGAGGGAACAGUUGCUAUGGAAACCAUUCCCCCUGUUGGAAGAGAGUGUCGUCGUGCAGGAUCACGUUGAGCAGCUGCUGUCAAUGUGUAAUUCUAGCUGCCUGCCAGGAGGGGGGGCCAACACAGAGCUGGCACUGCAUUCCCUGCAUCGCUGCAACGGAGACACAAUGGCUACCCUGGAGAUGUUGCUGCUGUCGUUGCACACGGCGGCCGGAGACUACCACUACUCUGGCAGCGACAUGUGGACCGACCAGGAGAGGGCAAUGUUCAGCGAAGGCCUGAGGACUCUGGGCAAAGACUUCUCCUCCAUACAGAACAUGGUGAGAACCAAGAGUGUGCGUCAGUGUGUUGAGUUCUACUACCUGGGUAAGAGGCUGGUGGACAUGCAGCGGAGACAGGCCAAAAGACUGAUAGAGGCGGAGGCAGCUGAAGCCAUGGAUCAGCAGAUGACCACUGUCCCCCAACCAAUGAGGACGUUGGUUGGACCGGAAAGGGCGGUACCUGCUCCAUCGACUACCAUCUUCCCUUGUAAAAUGUGUGGCAAAAUGUUCUUCAAGAUAAAGUCGCGCAACGCCCACAUGAAGAUCCACCGUCAGCCGCCGGAGGACUGGAGCGAGCGCCGGCUCCAUCCCCAGCUCCUCACCCACCGGCUCAACAGCCUCGCCCCCAACCUGGGGGGCAGUGGUGCUCUACUCCAGCCCCAGGCUUCUCCCCGGGCCUACUCCUUCCAAGGCAUCACUCUCCCCUCCAACAACAACAGCAACAACAGUCAUACAGACAGUGUUUUGAACUCGUUUGAGGUAAACAACGACCACAGCAGCGGCGGCAGCGGUGUUGCUCAUGCCAGCGACAUGGGCAUUAGGAAUGGCAUUAGCACUUUAUCAGCCUUUAGCAACAUGAGCGAGACAAACCCUCAUGAUGUUCUUGGGGGCGGGGUCAGUGACUCUGCGGCCAAUCAGAGAGGGCCUCCAAAUGUUCGGUCACCUGUCCAUUCACCCUGGACUCAGUGGAUGGGCUAAGAACCUGUGGAAUCAAGUCGGCUCAGGGGUACUUCGAAUCAUUUUUUAUAGCGAGAUAUCUUUUGCCAGAGCAAAAGAGGUACAUUUUUUUGGGCAAAUAAUAUUCAAAUUUUUUGCAACCCUGUUUUUUGUAUGAAAUGUUUACUUUUAGGGGAGCUCUGAGGCCCGUACUGUUUUUACAAAGAUGUGUUAUUGCAGUACGCUGAGUAUUGUGGACUGAAAGUUUCCAUCAGUUUGGAUCCACAUCAAUUCAUUGCACGCUCAGCUUGUCGCACACACACACACAUGACACACACACACACACACACACACACACACACACACACACACACACACACACACACACACACACACACACACACACACACACACACACACACACACACACACACACACACACACACACUCACCUAGUUCUUAUACAGUACUCAAAUGGGUUAAUAUUGACCUUGGUGAAACAUCUACGGUUGAUGUUAAACGGUGUGUGUGUGUGUGUGUGUGUGUGUGUGUGUGUGUGUGUGUGUGUGUGUGUGUGUGUGUGCGUGUAUGUGUGUGUGUGUGUGUGUGUGUGUGGGGGGGGGGGGGUUCUGUGUAUGAGUGAGUGUGUCUUGUAGAUAGAUAGUUUCAUGCUUUUUCUUUAGAAAACUUUACUCAAACAAGAUUCAACUGCACUAAACAAAGUUCUUGAAAUAUUAUUCAAUAGUUCUAAAUGGAACGUUAUUAAAACAGUAUUAACAAAAGAUAAUAAACAGAACAAUGUUAAACCAGCAUUAUUGUGGAUAACCAUUAAUUGUCUGCUCUCUCUUGGUCAUUUAGUUUCCUCCUCCUAAUCUUUGUCCAGUGAGGAGUUUAAUGAAGUGAGUUAGACCUUCUCCUGGUUUCCUACCAGGGGAUUGUACUCCCUUGACCUCCUGUCUUUGCGUGCGUACAUGAGUCUAUGUACGCAAACUGUUUGCCCAUUGUGAAACCCAGCCGGCCCAGCACAGUGUGAGGCAGGCCAAACACCUUGCUGUCCAUGCGUUCCACAGUCCAACAUGACCGGCAGCACUAGGGGGCCGCGGGGCCCCAGCCAUGCUCUGCCUGCUCCGGACUCUAUGGGACGGCUGCAGGGGCCGAUUCCCGGCCCUCAGGUCCACUUCACGGCCUUGUACUUUACACACGACGUCAUCCCCUCACCUGUCACAUGUCACCUGCUUUUAUGAGGGCUGGGGCAGGGUCGGCCGGCCACUGGCUCCCAGGGGGUACGGCUCACAGACAAAAGGUGCUGGGGUCGAUUCCCAUUAGCUGCCUAUUACUCCUAUACCUGUUCCUUAAUCCUUAAUGCAUGUUUGGGGCAGUUUCUCCAAGUCCUCUGGGACUUGUUAAGCCAUUUCUGAAGUUUGUAACUGUUAUUGAUGGCUGUAUAAAUGCACAAAUGGAUAAAUGGAACAUGUUACAUUUAAUUAACCCUGUUUUUCUGAAAUCUAUACUCAUAAAUGCAUACAUUAUACAUAUGUUUUAUUUGUACACAUAAUGUUCUCUAUUAAUAAACAUGACUGAAAUUCCCGUUUUCCCUA